GUCUCUUCCCUAGUACCCUCCCCGCCCCGCCAAUAUUAUCCAGCACAGAGAAGUGAACACCAGAAGCUUCUCUCCAACUUGCAGUUUUUCUCUAAACUUCCAGUCCUUCCCACACCGUGUCCUGGUUAUGGUAGUUGCUGAGAACUUAUUCUAUUCUGAAUCCCCAGCCCCGAAAGAAGGCCUGGCCCUGACGUGUACAGCGUAGUUACGGAGUGACUUUAAGGAAGGCAAGGAGAGUGUGGAAAGGACGGGAGGAGCAUAGCAGGAGGAAGGGAGGGCUCGUGGCUCUGAGCUUCCUAGAAAGCGGCUCUAGGGAGCUGGGGCACCGUGAGCCUGGCGGUUGGCAGCUGAGCCAGGUCGGAGGGGGAAGUGUCGCAGCAUUCCCUGCAGGCGUCCCAGACCUGAGGCACUGGCCUCCGCAGGGCACAGGACAGAAACAGCCGUCCAAGUAGCUGAGUGGAGGGACCCUGCUCAAGUGCAGCUGCAGUGGCCGGGGUUUCCCUCAGGAGGCGGUCGUGGGAAAGAAGGCGGAAGAGCGAGCUUUUUGGAACUCGGCACGGGACAGAUUGGACGCACAUCCCUCCGGAGGCACGAAGGCAUGGAAAAUUUGAAGCACAUUAUCACCCUUGGCCAGGUCAUCCACAAACAGUGUGAAGAGAUGAAAUACUGCAAGAAACAGUGCCGGCGCCUGGGCCACCGUGUCCUCGGCCUGGUCAAGUCUCUGGAGAUGCUCCAGGACCAAGGAAAGAGGAGCGUGCCCUCUGAGGAGUUAACCGCAGCCAUGAACUGCUUCAAGGCUGCCCUGGAGGAGGCUAAUGGGGAGAUAGAAAAGUUCAGCAAUAGAUCCAAUAUCUGCAGGUUUCUAACAGCAAGCCAGGACAAAAUACUCUUCAAGGACGUGAACAAGAACCUGAAUGAUGUCUGGAAGGAGCUCUCGCUGUUACUUCAGAUUGAGCAACGCAUGCCUGUUUCACGCAUAAGCCAAGGAGCAUCCUGGGCACAGGAAGAUGAGCAGGAUGCAGACGAAGACAGGCGAGCCUUCCAGAUGCUAAGAAGGGAUAAUGAAGAAAUAGAAGCUUCACUGAGACGAUUAGAAAUCAACAUGAAAGAAAUCAAGGAAACUUUGAGGCAGUAUUUACUACCAAAAUGCAUGCAGGAGAUCCCACAAGAGCAAAUCAAGGAGAUCAAGAAGGAGCAGCUUUCAGGAUCCCCGUGGAUUCUGCUAAGGAAAAAUAAAGUCAGCACAUUUUAUAAAGGAGAAUACCACAGAGCUCCAGUGACCAUAAAAGUAUUCAACAACCCCCAGGCUGGCAGCAUUGCAAUAGUGAGGCAGACUUUCAACGAUGAGAUCAAAACCAUGAAGAAAUUUGAAUCUCCCAACAUCCUGCGUAUAUUUGGGAUUUGCAUUGAUGAAACAGUGACUCCACCUCAAUUCUCCAUCGUCAUGGAGUACUGUGAACUCGGGACCGUGAGGGAGCUGUUGGAUAGGGAAGAAGACCUCCCACUCAGCAAGCGCAUCGUCCUAGUCCUGGGGGCAGCCCAAGGCCUAUACUGGCUACACCAUUCAGAAGAACCUGAACUCCACGGAAAAAUCAGAAGCUCAAACUUCCUGGUAACUCAAGGCUAUCAAGUGAAGCUUGCAGGAUUUGAGUUGAGGCAAACACAGACUUCCAUCAGUUUGAAAACUAAGAGAGAAAAGACAGACAGAGUCAAAUCUACAGCAUAUAUCUCACCUCAGAAACUGGAAAAUAUAUAUCAUCGAUAUGACGUAAAGUCUGAAAUAUACAGCUUUGGAAUCGUCCUCUGGGAAAUCAUCACUGGAAGGAUCCCGUUUGAAGGCUGUAAUUCUGAGAAGAUCUACGAGCUGGUGGCUGUGAAGCGGCAGCAGGAGCCGCUGGGUGAAGACUGCCCUUCAGAGCUGCGGGAGAUCAUUGAUGAGUGCCGGGCCCAUGAUCCCUCUGUGCGGCCCUCUGUGGAUGAAAUCUUAAAGAAACUCUCUAUCUUUACUAAGUAGUGUAUCGAAAUCUAAACCAAGGAUUCCCUGGACAAGAAGCUGGCAGAGGCACAAAUUGGACAUCUCUCUCUCUCAUAUCCUUUGGUAUUGAGUUAUUUGUGGGUGCAAGGAGUGGGAGCAUUUCUCUGUUACAAAUAGAAAAUAAUUCCAGUCAUACAGGACACAUCCCACUCCAAAUGAUAUUUCCAAAAACAUAUCUCUGACAGUAAUUUUGAUAGAUGGUUUGUCAAAUGUAUCUUUCUGGGUGUCCAUACCUCUUGGCAAUGUAAUUUGCAGCUCCUCCCAUCCACAAAUGAAGUCUCUUUCCCCACCAUUUGAAUCUGGGCUGGCACUGGCACUUGAUUUGAUCAAUAGAAUGUGGAAGAAGUGACUGUGUACCAGUUCCAAGCCUAGGUUUCAAGAGGCCUUUUAAAUGUCUGUUGCAAUGUUACCCAGCCAUGAACAUGUUGAGUGAGCAUGCUGGAGAAUGAAAGACCACAUGAAGCAGAAACAUGCUUUCCUAGCUGAAGUCAUACUAGACCAACCAACAUGGCAGCUAACACAUGAAUGAGGACAAUCAAGACCAGAAGAACCACUCAAGCAGAGCCCAGUCCAAAUUGCCCAUUCACACAAUCAGGAGCUAAAUAAAUUACUGUUGUCUUAACACUAA